CCAUCCAUCGCCGGUUCGUCGCAUAGUUGGCAGACAGAGCGUCGUCAUCUCCUCCUCCCCUUCCGGGAGAUCGCCGACUGUGAAUGGAUGGAUGGACCGAGGGCCACAGAGAGAGCAACUCUAACCACACCCCGACCGAUCCGACCGCUGCAGCUUCAACUAGGAAGUCCAGAUGCCGGAACUGACUGACAUUGACAACAUGAUCCCGCCGAGGCCCGUAUACUCACUCCCUGCGAUGCGGGGGCUCCCAUCGUCGUUUGCGCCUUAUAGAAUGGCAUUCUCGUAUCAAGGCUAUCCCGGCAAGCAACAAAUGUUCAGCUCAUGCCACUGGCCCAUGGCUUUUCGAAGGAUCCACGCUACGUCCAGGACACGGCCGAGACUCGGGUAAGCAGAAGAGGCUCAGGACUAGCAGCCCGAACCAAGACGAAGCAAAAGCAAGUUGACACGGCCCAUCGCAUGUUGCCCGUCGACGAAUACCACUAUACAAAGGUACAUAGCGCCAUGUGUCUCUGUCGGGCAUUAUUCCAGCCUCACGCUGCACAGCCGCAACGUCACCCUCCAAUAAGACGCUUCCAAUGCCCACGUCUGUCCACCAGUUCUGCCUGUGUGACCAUCCCUUCGUCUAGCUCCCUUCCCAGAAUAGAUGAACCUAACUUAAACCCUCUGAAUACUUUCGACGCUGCUGCUUCAAACCCCACAAUACAGCCGUACUUGAGCCCGCCAAGCUCCGCCGGUGGGCGGCGAAGGCGAAGGCUGAGAGCCCAACAAGGCGACCCAAUCGUCCGCUUCGCUCAACAUCAGAGAGAGUUCGACGCCGAUGAGGAAGCUAGUCAUGUAUGUCUGUCCCCCGCCGGGACGGUAAUCGGCAAUCCCUCAUUCUAUACGAGGGAUUCGGACGUGGCCGCACCCCAACAGACGAUGACAGCGGGACAAGAUAAACAUCAAUACAAUGCAAUCCUGGCGACUUACCAGGCGAAGUUUGGGCAAGCUCGGAACAACCCUGCCAGCCCUACGCCAGUCAGCUUAGGUCCCACGCCGAAUGUCACUUGCAGACACGGCGCUCUCCCAGUCAAAGCGAUCAUCAGCUCACUGGAACAUCGGAACAACCAAGUGCAAGAAAAAAGAAAACCGCCAUCUCCAUUUACAGCUUGAAUGCCGACCCGAUCCCCCCAUUGGCCCGGGGAUCCCUCACAGCGGCGGUCAGCUCUAUUAGGCUAUCCAUAUGUCCCACAUGUCUCAUGUCAUGCCACCAAUCCUCGCUUUCUCUACA